UGACAAAAAGUGUACAUGCGUAUAGCGCAUGUAAGCUUCUUCCUGUACCUCUGUCUAUCUUGUGUAUUUUAUUUUCACGAUUUCUUAAAUCCGUGUUUAUUCAUUUUCUGAUGUUCAAGUGCAAUUAAUCCAUCUAGGAGCAAACGAAUAUCUAGCACAAGAAAAGAAGCUAUAUAUUUAAAUUAUAUGAAUAUUCAUAAUGGAUAACAUGACAGAUAACUCUUCGGAUGAGGAUGAUCCAUAUGCAAAUUUUGCUGGCCGUUUGAAAGCAUUAAAAGAAAAACGAGAGAUACUUUCUGGAGAGAUAGAAAAUUUUUCCAUCGACAUUAAACAGCAAAAAAAUGAUGAUGAAGUGACUGGCAAAGAAAUAAAUGGUAAAGAAACAAACCAUGAUGAUAUACAAAUACAAAGAAUACAAAGGAGGAUGGUAAGAAGUAAAAGAAAUAAAGGUAUUACUACUCGUGCUACUGGGGGAAGGGUAACUAGGGGAAGGCAUCCACCAGUUGAUGAUUUAGAAUAUGAUGUGGAAAUUGUUUCAUUGGAAGAAAAACAUAAAUCAAUUCCUGAAAUCUGUAAUAAUGAUGUAAUUGCAUUGUCAGAUGAUGAAGUUUUCAUCAAAGAUGAUAAUUAUGAGAUGAAUAUUAAAGUAUUUUGGAGAUCAAACAGAAUUGAUCGUUUAAAUAUGCGUAGACAUGACAAUUUUCAAGAAGUUUUCCAAUAUUAUGCUGAUUUAGAGAAAGUUUCUGUCAAUGAAAUUCUAAUCAUGAAGAAGGAUAAAAUUGUUAAUCAUACUGAUACUCCAGCAUCGCUCAAACUUUCAGUUAUAGAUAUACUUGAUGGUGGGAUAGUGGACCCAAGUAUGAAUACAUUGUCAGAGGAUAAAAAUAACGACAACGACGAUAUAUGUACUAUUAAAGUACAGACGGCUAACAAAAAGCAAUCGUUGAUUAUUCCACUUAAAAAGGAUCAACAAUUUAAGACACUGUUCUCUAAUUGUGCCGAGAAACUUGGAAUAAAAGAGAGUAACUUGAAGUUUUAUUUUGAUGGAGAACAGAUAAGGCCAAUUGAUACUCCGGAAUUAUUAGAUCUCGAAGGAGAAGCAUGUAUCGAUCUUCAUAUCUCUACAUAAUAUGUAAUAAAAUCAAAUCUUUUAUACAAUUUAGCAAAUCUUAUAUAACUUUCUUGCUCGCAAUCGUCGUUUGCAUUAUAUAUCAUAUUAUUAUCUUAUUUUAUUAUACAAGUAAAUCAUAUCAAUUGCAAAAAUAUACAAACCUCAAUCUAGUAGAACAAAGAAUAUAAAUCGAUUUUUCAGAUAAAUAUCAAACUGCAUUUAAAUGCAUUAAAUUAUCAACAAUAAAUUUUAAGCAGAUUUCAAGAUUUUUUUAUUUAUUUGUGCAUACUGCGAUGAAUUGUGUAUAUGUAUAAUACGAAACGUAGUACCUACUAGUUUUGCAAGAGUAUAUGAUGAGUCUAGGUUCAAGAAUAUGUAACAAAUGAAUAUAGUAUUGCAGCAAAUAAAAAUAUUGGAUAAUUAUAUA